AUGUGGGCAUUGAAAAAGUUAUAUCUUGACUGGGUCAAAGUUGCUAAUCUAAGGAUGCUACAACUCAACGAGGUGGAAGAGUUCCAUUUUCAUGCCUAUGAGAAUGCAACCAUGUAUAAAGAAAGAAUGAAGUUUAUUCAGGACAAGAAGAUUUUGAAGCAGGAAUUCAAAUCUGGUGACUUAGUCUUACUCUUCAAGUCAAUAUUGAAGUUCUUUUCAAGCAAACUCAAAUCCAAAUGGUCUUGCCCGUUCAAAGUUGUGAAUGUAUCUUCCUAUGGUGCUAUUGAAUUAGAAUCCGAGGACGGGACUCGAACUUUCAAAGUAAAUGGCUAA